CAUUUUACCAUAAAAAAAAAACAAAAUGAAAAAUUUCAUUUUUCAUCUUAUCUACAAUCAUGCCACUGUGAUUGUCAUAAACAUCGAGUAGUUCACAAUUUGAAACAAAUAAAAGAUCCGAAAAAAAAACCAUAAAAAAGAAGAAGUCUCUAACCCUAACCCUCGAUUGCAAUUUACAACUCUCUCUCUUUCGAUUCGCCCAUUCCAGAUUUUCAUUCACAUAGUCGACGAAUUAUCGCGCACAAUUCCAGAUUUUCAGCAUCAAAUUUCAUUCUACGAAUUUGUGAAGAGGAUAAGAGGAGUGAGAGAAAAGGAUUGCGAGCAAAUUUAACCUAUUUCGACGAGACCUGAAACUUGGAUCUUCCGAAAUUUUGGAGCUUCAAAUUAAUUACUUGCCGUUUUGGUGACUGCGGGUUUCUCCAAAUGGGUAUUAGUAUGGCUUGUAUGUUGCUCGUCUGCACAUGUGCUAGUGAGUUGUUCUUGGUACCUUCUUUUGAUAUGCCUGUAAGCUUCUGAAGAGUUGCAGUUGGAAUAAUCUAUGCCUGGAAACGAAGUUGGUGAUAGGGUCCACAAUUUCUUUGACCAAGGUAGUUUGUCGCAGGACCAACGUCAUACACAACUUGUUGCGACGAACUGGCCAGCGUAUAAUAACAACUUAUGGGGUUCAAGUGAGAGACAAAUUGGUGGGCCUGUGAAUUCUGGUUCCGAGAAUUACAGUGCGCAGCAAUCAGAUUUUGACAGGGGGCAAGGCAAUCAGUUCUCGCUGGGUCCACAUGGGGUGAACUUUACGCGGUCAAAUUUGAGACCUGAAUUUGUCAAAAAUCCAUCACAGCUUCAGCAGCUGAAUUUGAAUGGGUUUGUGCAUGUACCUCAAGGUGGUCAUACAGGGCAGAAUGAGGCAAACUUUCUGGGAAUGGAUACAGAACCUGAUCGGCACAAUAUGACGUCAAGGAGUCCAUCUGUUCUGGAAUCACAGCAAAGGAGUGGUUCCCAGCAUACAAAUUCAGUUGGUUUUGGAGGUUCAGAACUACCAAUGAAUUUUAAUUUUCUCGGUGGCCAACAGCAAAUGAAUGGGCAACAACCAGGAAUGCUGCAGUCUUUGCCUCGGCAACAACCUGGAAAUAAUGAUACUCAGUUGCCACAGCAAUUAAUGCUGAAACAAAUGCAAGAACUACAGAGGCAGCAUCAGUUUCAACAAUUCGAAGCAAUACAGAGAAGUGCGGCGACCCACAUGUCCUUUCCAAAUCAGACAGCAGGGCAGCAUCCACAAGCUAUUAAUGGUAAUCCCAUGCGCGAUACGUCUAAUUAUCCAUGGUCGUCUCAGGUCAUGGCUGGCAACACAAACUGGCAGCAACGUGGACUGCCUUCUGCUGUGCAAGGGUAUUCUAGUGGAUUCAUGAUUACACCAGAGCAAGGCCAAGCAAUGCAUUUCAUGGGUUUGGUUCCUCAACAAAGUUCACAGUCUUUAUACGGGGUUCCUGUUUCUAGCUCACGAAGUGCUAAUGCAUUCACUCACAGCAACAUUGAUAAAUCUGGAAUGCUUCACGUUCCAGCUCAAAGUGCUUCCUUUUCUGGCAAUCAAUACGGUUCACUUGCAGAGCAGGUGAAUAUGAAGGAUGGAACUCUAGCAUCCAGAUAUGGAUCUGAAGGGAAAAAUUCUUUUGAGCAGACCUCUGGUCAACGUUUAGGGAAUAUGGUGAAUUUGGGAGGCUUUACUCAGGUGCAGCAGAGGAAUAUGCCAAUGUCGGAAGGCGUUGGACAAGGUUUUGCUGGUGGUUCAGAUUUGUUUGCAGAAAAAUCUGCAGCUCAGGCUUCUUCUUCACAGGGUGCUUCUACACAGGCUUCCGUUGCUUUAGAUCCGACUGAAGAAAAGAUUCUGUUUGGAAAUGAUGAUAAUAUUUGGGAGGCAUUUGGUGGGCCAUCACUUACAGGAAGUGGAGAGGCCACAGAUCUCCUCAAUGGCUUUCCCUCAAUGCAAAGUGGGACAUGGAGUGCUCUUAUGCAGUCUGCUGUGGCAGAAACCUCAAGUACUGAUGUUGGGAUGCAGGAAGAGUGGACUGGUCUUGAUUCUCAGAAUUCCAGAUCACAGUCUAGUCAACAUCCUUCAGUUUUUCGUGGUAAUGAGAAAUCACAACUUAAUUUAGUUGACGGCUCCCAGAGGACCUCACUGGGUUCUCGACUUAGCAGCAAUGAAGUGAGCACCCAUUAUGUUAACCCUUCUGGGCAACAGCAGCCAUUUGCAAAACAAAGCCGAGAAAAUCUACAAGUAGAAAGUCAGUCCGCAGAGGAAGGAAGGAGGUGGUUGGACAGCAAUCAGCAGAAGCCACAUGUUGAGGAGAAACGGGUGGUUGAAAAUUCUAGUUCUUCUAGAGACUGCUCCAGGACAGAUGCUGGCUUCUGGAGCCAUCAGCAGAAUAUGUUUCUGCAUGACAACAAUGCGCAGCAAUCCAGUCGACCAAGUCCUUCAAAUUUUAUUGGAUCUGUACUAGCAAAUGGAGGUAUGGUCUCUACUAACCAAGAUAACUUCCUCGAUAAGGAUCGUAACAUGCAGAACAAUGUUGAAUCCAGCCAAAUUCUUCCCAAUAAUCAUCUUGAUUUGUGGAAAUCAGUUGAUUCUUCUGGAAAAUCUGGAUUGGAAGGUUCAGGCAGAGACCAGCAUGUUUUGAACAAGGGACCUCCGAUAUUGGAGUCUUCAGAUAAUAGCCCUGAUUGUGGAGCUGUUGAGACACAUGAAACAGAAAAUGGUGAUAGAAGGGAGAGUUCCAAUGAGAGCUACCGCAGCAGUAUUCCCCAUAAUGCUCCAGUUGGUAUGAGAGAGAAUGUGUGGUCAGAUGCGGCUGACCGGCGUAGUCUGCCUGGAGGCAAAGAGAAGUCUUCUGGUCAGGCUAGCAGAAGAGGAUCUGUAUCCCGAAAAUUUCAGUAUCAUCCCAUGGGUGAUGUGGAUAUGGAUUUAGAUUCUUCUCAUGCAGUAAAACAAGCUUUGCACUCGCAAACCAUGCCUCAACAUUUUACAUCGGGAACCAAAGGCCAAGAAAUGAAUCCAAGGUUUCUUGGUCCAUUGAGCACUAACAUCACAGAUAUGGAGAAGGGUAGAGUAUCAAAUUUUCAUGGAGCUGUGAAUGUAUCUCAUGGUGUAUCAUCGGGUGGUGUUAAUGCAAGCAACUUACCUAAUACGCCUACUCCGUCAGUCAGAUCUGGUGACAUUUCUUCGCCAAAUCAACAUAUGCCGCCAAGUCAGAACAUGCUUGAGCUUCUUCACAAGGUUGAUCAAUCCAAGGAGCUCAAUACUGCCUCCCAUCUCAGUCCUGCCGAUUAUAAUAGGUUAUCUGAUGUACCUAACGGUGGACCUGCUGGACCUAGUCAGCAUCCGUUUUCCACAUCUCACGGAUUUAGUUUGCAACUGGCUCCUCCAUCUCAAGGAAUUGCGUCUUCCAAUCUUGAUGUUGCUGUUCAAAGCUCCUCAAGGAAUGUUGAGUCCCCCAAGUCAGGUCAUGCAGCUUCUGAAAAAGGAGAGAAAACACAUGCAUGGUUGGUUCCAGUUUCUUCUGCUCAAUGUUUACCACCAUCACAUCAACCAACUCAAAUGGAAUCUGGUAAUGAAUCUCGUCGAUUGGGAAAUGUAGAUGCUGAUGUUUCAGUACCUAACUUGAAAGGGAAUCUUUCUGCAUCUUCAUCUGGUUCUCAUAUGAGAAACCCGCUUCAGAGUCAGCACUUGACUAGUCCAGGUGGAAAAACGUUAAGUGGUCCAUCGGCUACGAUGUCUUCUUACAGGCAUGCUUACCAUGAUCAACAGUUGAGUGAUACUCAACCUCAGACUAUAACCACUCAUCCUGCUAGUAAUUCACAUGAAAGUUUGGUGUCUGGUAGGGAUAUGAACCAAUCUGGUAUGAGAGCAUUGGUGCAUCAAAUGCCUGCCUCUCUUCGUGCUGCUAUGGCUGGAAUGUCUAGGAAGGAUAAUUUGUCACCGCUAGGAUCUAAAUUGUGGACUUCUCAACAACCAUUGUUAGGAGCCCGGGCUUGUAAUGCUCCUGAAUUGAUGAAGUCUCAAUUUCAAUCACCUGAUGCUUCAGAAACUUCUUUUACCCAACAGAAGAAGGAUGAGCAAGAUGGACCAAAAAGAGCUAGUUCCUUAAAUUCUCAAGGUUUUUUAGGUGUGGAGGAAGCGGAAGCAGCAGAAAGAAGGUCUACUGUGAAUGCAGCUGGUGCUUCUCAAGAAGAACCUUUUACAAGGCAUCUAUCAGAUGCUUCUCCAUCGAAUUCCGCAGUCGUUCAGAGAGAUAUUGAAGUAUUUCAUAAACCGAAUAAUAAUGCACAAAACAGUUACUCCUUGCUGCAUCAAAUGCAAGCUAUGAAGAGCAUGAGUACAGACCCAAGCCACAGGGAAUCAAAGAGAUUGAAGGGACAGGAUGAUGGUCUUGGCUCUCAACAGGUAGUGGGACAGGCUGCCGAACCUGUCACAGAUAAUAUGACUAGUAUGGCUAGAGAUUCGUCAAUGAGCCAAAGCACAGUUUCUGCUCCUGAUGCCAAGAUGUUAAGCUUUUCACCUCAUAUGGGCAAUCGGAAUAAUUCAUUUCAGUUGCCACAUGGAACUGUUACUUCCCAAGAUAUGCUCUCAUUUGGUCGUAGUGAUCCUCAAAAAUUUGCUACGGGCAACAUUACUUGUAGAAGCGAGCAUACUGGCAUCAGUCCUCAGAUGGCCCCAUCCUGGUUUGAGCAGUUUGGAAGCUUCAAAAAUGGGCAAUUGUUACCGGUGCAUAAUGUGCCAAGACUUCCAAUGGUAAAGAAUAUGGAACAGCAGUUCAUCAGUGGGAAGCCCCCCAGCAAUUUUGCUGUACCAAAUUCAGUGCAGUUGGAUACAGCUGUCACUGAAACUGGUCAGUUUGCUAAUACUUCCCAAACUGCAAAUGCAUAUACUCCAACUGAACAUGUGUCUUCUUUACAUGCAUUGGUCCCCCAUAUUUCUGCUCCGAGUUCGACAGUCAUGAGGCCCAAGAAGCGAAAGACUGCUACAUCUGAUCUUCUUCCUUGGAAUAAAGAAAUAGAACAGAGUAUUCAGAGGCUUCAGAACAUGAGUUCGGCUGAAAUAGACUGGGCUCAAUCCUCAGGCCGACUGAUCGAAAAGGUUGAAGAUGAAACCGAUAACAAUGAAGAUCUACUUCCAAUGAUUAGACCAAAAAGAAGGCUCCUAUUAACGACACAGCUUAUGCAGCAAGUGUUUCGACCCCCAUCAGCCGCAGUUCUCUCACUUGAUGCGAGUUCCAACUAUGAAGUUAUUAUGUACUCUCUUGCAAGAUCAGUAUUAGGUGAUGCAUGCAACCUAAUUUCUGGUGUCGAAAGUAAUGUACCAGCUGGCAGUAAAAAUCUUGGGAAGGUCAAAACUUCAGAGAGAAUUCGAGAUCAGUACUUCUCGAAAGUUGUGGAAGAUUUUGUUACUAGGGCGAAUGAGCUGGAUAAUGAUUUACUUAGAUUGGACAAGCGUGCGUCAAUUCUGGACUUCAGAUUGGAUUGCCAAGAUCUAGAGAGGUUUUCUGUCAUUAAUCGUUUUGCUAGGUUCCACGGCCGAGGUCAAGUUGAUGGGGCUGAGACCUCAUCAUCCACUGAUGCAACUACCACUGUUCAGAAACCGUGUCCGCAGAGAUAUGUCUCUGCUCAUCCCAUGCCUAGGAAUGUCCCUGAGAGGGUACAAUGUCUUUCACUUUGAUCAUCAUUAAUUUAUUGAUUUUCCUCUCGAA